AUGGCUUCUAAGGAAGCGUAUAGAGUUAACCUUGAGCAAAAUAAGCUUGAUGUAUGUGUUGUAUGUAAUAGAUACAGAAAGCUCUCAUUUAAGAGCUAUGGUCUGCUGAUGGCUUUUACAGAAUUAUCUUCACAGAGAAAAUUUGAUGAAAUUAAGAAGGCUAACCAGGCUGCAGCAAAAAAGCUGGUUGAAGACCAGCUGAGUUCCUCAUCUGAAGAUGAUGAUGAAGAUGCCGAAGGAAAGCAGGGAAAGAUUUUGGCCAACACAUUUACCAUUUAUACAAGUCAAACUGAUGGAGAUGCAAGUGAACUGGAACGUACAAGACAAUACAUGAAUGAGGCUUUUCAGUCUGGGGCUAUGACAUGUCUGAUCUGCAUUGCUUCAGUUAAAAGGAAUCAAGCUGUCUGGAGCUGUUGCGGGUGCUUUUGUAUAUUUCACUUGCCAUGUAUCCAGAAGUGGGCCAAGGACAGCCUUUUCCUUGUUUCUUCUCCUUUGACGGAUGAUGAUUUUGGAAAGAAAGAUUAUCCGUGGCCAUGUCCAAAAUGUAGGUUUGAAUACAAACGGUCUGAAACUCCGACUAGAUAUUACUGUUAUUGUGGAAAAGUGGAAGAUCCAGCACUGGAUCCAUGGCUAGUACCUCACUCCUGUGGUCAAGUGUGCGAGAGGGAAUUCAAACCUCCUUGUGGGCAUAAGUGUUUGCUGCUUUGUCAUCCAGGACCUUGUCCUCCUUGCCCAAAGAUGGUCACGACAACCUGUUUCUGUCAGAAAGCCAAGCCAGUUCCCCGAAGGUGCAGCGCGAAGGAGUGGUCGUGUCGUCUGCCGUGCGGGCGGACGUUGCCGUGCGGGCAGCACACCUGCGAGAACCCUUGUCACUCAGGAAAUUGUAAGCCUUGUCCACGAGUCAGUAAGCAACAGUGUAUCUGUGGAAGACAAACAGCAGAAAGGCUUUGUGCAAGUCCUCAGUGGCAGUGUGAUCAGGUGUGCGGGAGAACUUUGCCUUGUGGUAAUCAUACAUGUGAGCAAGUCUGUCAUGCUGGUCCCUGUGGAGACUGUCCUCGUUCUGGAAAAAGGUCCUGUCCCUGUGAAAAAUCAAAGUUUACGCUGCCUUGCACAGAAGAUGUGCCUACUUGUGGUGAUAGUUGUGACAAAGUUCUAGAAUGUGGCAUCCAUAAAUGUUCACAGCGCUGUCAUCGAGGUCCCUGUGAAAUAUGCAGACAGGAAGUUGAGAAGCAGUGUCGCUGUGGCAAGCACACCAAGCGCAUGCCGUGUCAUAAGCCAUAUCUGUGUGAGACAAAGUGCACCAAAAUUCGGGAUUGCCAGAAGCACCAGUGUAAGAGAAAGUGCUGUUCUGGAAACUGUCCACCUUGUGAUCAAGUCUGUGGGCGGACUUUAGGCUGCAGAAAUCACAAAUGUCCUUCUGGUUGCCACAGGGGUAGCUGUUAUCCAUGUCCAGAGACUGUAGAUGUGAAAUGCAACUGUGGAAAAACUGUCAUUAAAGUGCCCUGUGGCAGAGAGCGCACCACGAAGCCUCCCAAAUGCAAGCAGCUGUGCAGUCGACCGCCCACCUGUCACCACCCUACCCAGGAGAAACACUACUGUCACUUUGGUCGAUGUCCUCCGUGUCGUCAGUCCUGCCAGAAAACAUUGACGUGUGGUCAUUUGUGCCCUGUUUCUUGCCACGAUGAAGCACUUGUGAAGCAAACUGGCUUGCAUCAGCCUGCAGGCCCUUGGGAACAGCCGUCUGAGCCAGCCUUUAUCCAAACUGCAUUGCCCUGCCCUCCCUGUGAGGUUCCAGUAUCAGUGGAGUGUCUUGGACAGCAUGAGGUUAGCCCAUUACCAUGUCACUCUGCAGGUCCCUACUCGUGUAAAAGACUUUGUGGACGGCUUCUUGCUUGUCAGAAUCAUACCUGUAUGAAAGAGGGUCACCAUGUUACUAAAGUCCACAGUAAUGCAGAUGGAAAGAAGGCAGGUCCAGAGUGUUUGCAGUGUGAAGAGGAGUGUACCAAGCCACGGCCCUCUGGCUGUCCUCACCGAUGUGUUUUGCCCUGUCAUCCUGGGGAUUGCCCUUCAUGCCUUCAGAUGCUUAAAAUAAAGUGUCACUGCAAACUGUCAAUACUGUAUAUCGAAUGCUUAAAACUAACUUGUGCUGACGUAAAAGAAAGGGAUCUUCUUACUUCCUGCAAAAAUCAGUGUCCAAAAGAGUUGCCAUGUGGUCACCGAUGUAAAGAGAUUUGCCAUUCAGGUGACUGUCCUCUGAACUGCAACCAGAAGGUUAAGCUCCGAUGUCCCUGUAAAAGGCUGAAAAAGGAAUUACAGUGCAGCAAGAUACGAGAAGGCCAGGUUUCACUGGAAUGUGAUGCAUUAUGCAAGGAAAUGAAACGAAAGGCAUCGGAGAUAAAAGAAGCUGAAGCCAAAGCUGCUAUAGAAGAGGAGAAACGAAGACAACAG